GCGCUGCAGGUUUACUCUCGUCGCAACGAGAUCUUUCGAGAUCUUCUCCGCCCCCGCUACCGGCUACCCUUCUGCGGCCGCUGAGCCGGCGCCGGCCUGAGCAGCGCCCUUGGCUGCGGCCCCUUCCAAGGACCUACGCGCUUGCGUGGACCCCCACACAUCCCCCACUAGCCCCGGUUCCCCGGCCCACGCGGCCCGCUCUCUGCGCACCAGCCCCGCCGGGGUCCGUGUCCUGUGUCGCCGGCCGGACCCGGGCUCGAGCCCGAGCUGUAGCCGGCGCCAUGUCGGUGGUGGGCAUAGACCUGGGCUUCCAAAGCUGCUACGUCGCUGUGGCCCGCGCCGGCGGCAUCGAGACGAUUGCUAAUGAGUACAGCGACCGCUGCACGCCGGCUUGCAUUUCUUUUGGUCCUAAGAAUCGUUCAAUUGGAGCAGCAGCUAAAAGCCAGGUAAUUUCCAAUGCAAAGAACACAGUCCAAGGAUUUAAAAGAUUCCAUGGCCGAGCAUUCUCUGAUCCGUUUGUGGAGGCAGAAAAACCUAACCUUGCAUAUGAUAUUGUGCAGUUGCCCACUGGAUUAACAGGUAUAAAGGUGAGAUAUAUGGAGGAAGAGCGAAAUUUUACCAUGGAGCAAGUGACUGCCAUGCUUUUGUCCAAACUGAAGGAGACGGCAGAAAGUGCUCUUAAGAAGCCUGUCGUGGACUGUGUUGUUUCGGUUCCUUGCUUCUAUACUGAUGCAGAAAGACGAUCAGUGAUGGAUGCAACACAGAUUGCUGGUCUCAAUUGCCUGCGAUUAAUGAAUGAAACUACUGCAGUUGCUCUUGCGUAUGGAAUCUAUAAGCAAGAUCUUCCUGCCUUAGAAGAGAAACCAAGAAAUGUAGUUUUUGUAGACAUGGGGCAUUCUUCUUAUCAAGUUUCUGUAUGUGCAUUUAAUAGAGGAAAACUUAAAGUUCUGGCCACUGCAUUUGACACAACACUGGGAGGCAGAAAAUUUGAUGAGGUGUUAGUAAAUCACUUCUGUGAAGAAUUUGGGAAGAAAUACAAGCUAGAUAUAAAGUCCAAAAUCCGUGCAUUAUUACGACUGUCUCAGGAGUGUGAGAAACUCAAGAAAUUGAUGAGUGCAAAUGGUUCAGACCUCCCUUUGAGCAUCGAAUGCUUUAUGAAUGAUGUUGAUGUAUCUGGAACUAUGAAUAGAGGCAAAUUUCUGGAGAUGUGUGAUGAUCUCUUAGCUAGAGUGGAGCCACCACUUCGUAGUGUUUUGGAACAAGCCAAGUUAAAGAAAGAAGAUAUUCACGCAGUGGAGAUAGUUGGUGGUGCGACACGAAUCCCUGCAGUGAAAGAGAAGAUCAGCAAAUUUUUUGGUAAAGAACUUAGUACGACGCUAAAUGCCGAUGAAGCUGUCACUCGAGGCUGUGCACUGCAGUGUGCAAUCUUAUCGCCUGCUUUCAAAGUCAGAGAAUUUUCUAUCACUGAUGUAGUACCAUAUCCAAUAUUUCUGAGAUGGAAUUCUCCAGCUGAAGAAGGGUCAAGUGACUGUGAAGUCUUUUCCAAAAAUCAUGCUGCUCCUUUCUCUAGAGUACUCACAUUUUAUAGAAAGGAACCUUUCACUCUUGAGGCCUAUUAUUGCUCUCCUCCAGAUUUGCCCUAUCCAGAUCCUGCUAUAGCUCAGUUUUCAGUUCAGAAAGUCACUCCUCAGUCUGAUGGCUCCAGUUCAAAAGUGAAAGUCAAGGUUCGAGUAAAUAUCCAUGGCAUUUUCAGUGUGUCCAGUGCAUCUCUAGUGGAAGUGCACAAGUUUGAGGAAAAUGAGGAACCAAUGGAAACAGAUCAGAAUGCGAAGGAGGAAGAGAAGAUGCAAGUGGACCAGGAGGAACCACAUGUUGAAGAGCAACAACAGCAGACGCCAGCAGAAAAUAAGGCAGAGUCUGAAGAAAUGGAGACCUCUCAAGCUGGAUCAAAAGACAAAAAGAUGGACCAACCACCUCAAGCCAAGAAGGCAAAAGUGAAGACCAGUACUGUGGACUUGCCAAUCGAGAGUCAGCUAUUAUGGCAGAUAGACAGAGAGAUGCUCAACCUGUACAUUGAAAAUGAGGGUAAGAUGAUCAUGCAGGAUAAACUGGAGAAGGAGAGGAAUGAUGCUAAGAAUGCAGUGGAAGAAUAUGUGUAUGAAAUGAGAGAGAAGCUCAGUGGUGAAUAUGAGAAGUUUGUGAGUGAAGAUGAUCGUAACAGUUUUACCUUGAAACUAGAAGAUACUGAAAAUUGGUUGUAUGAGGAUGGAGAAGACCAGCCAAAGCAAAUUUAUGUUGAUAAAUUGGCUGAAUUAAAAAAUCUAGGUCAGCCUAUUAAGAUACGAUUCCAGGAAUCUGAAGAAAGACCAAAAUUAUUUGAAGAACUAGGGAAACAAAUCCAACAGUAUAUGAAAGUAAUCAGCUCUUUCAAAAACAAGGAGGACCAGUAUGACCAUUUGGAUGCUGCUGAUGUGGUGAAGGUGGAAAAAAGCACGAAUGAAGCCAUGGAGUGGAUGAAUAACAAGCUGAAUCUGCAGAACAAGCAGAGUCUGACCAUGGAUCCAGUUGUCAAGGCAAAAGAGAUUGAAGCUAAAAUUAAGGAGCUGAUGAGUAUCUGUAGCCCUAUAAUUUCAAAGCCCAAACCCAAAGUGGAACCUCCAAAAGAGGAACAAAAAAAUGCAGAGCAGAAUGGACCAGUGGAUGGACAAGGAGACAACCCAGGCCCUCAGGCUGCCGAGCAGGGUACAGACACAGCUGUGCCUUCGGAUUCAGACAAGAAGCUUCCUGAAAUGGACAUUGAUUGAUUCCAACAAUUGUUUAUAUUAAAACAGACUAUUAUAAAGCUUUAAGUUGUCAACUUUGUUCUAAAUAUCAACUAGAGCAAUCAAAUACUGGAGAUUUCUUAGUCAGUUUUUAGGGGAUUUCGGGGGAGGGGAUGUAGGUAAUGUAUGGAGCAUUUUGACUUCUAAAUAGUUCGGUACAGAAAUUAAGUGCAUUGUAUCUUUUUCAUAAUGGUACUAUUUAGAAGCCCAGUUAGAACUUACUGAGCUUAUGCUUCACUCCUUUUGUGUUUAAUCAUGCUUAUACAAAGUUAAGUUUGUUUUGGAAAGUUGAGCUAUAGCAAAAGCUAUAACUAGCUAUCAAGCAGACUUUUCAUUAUAACAUAGAUGGCAGGAACUCUAAUUGUGUUUCAAAAAGCUGUUGUGGAGAUUGCCACAAAGGCUCCCCGCCUGGUGUGGGGAUGGGGGUCAGGUCUCCCUCUGUUUCUGAGGGGUAGAGCCUGGCAUGGCAUGGGUUAACAUAGCAGAACAAGGAGGUGUGCUCUGAGCUUCUUCACACUUCACUCCCACUCCUCUUCCUCUCCCACCCUGUCUUCCCCGCUUCCCCCAAUAAAGGAGCUCCCAGUACAAAUGCCAUGUGCUACUCUUGAGAAAAUAGACCUCUUCACCUGGAGCAAGUUGUUAACUGAGGAUUUUAGACCUGGAAGCUCUUCCUGAGAAAGUAUGUUCCUGAAAAUGUGUUUGCUACCCCAAGCAUCAAAAUCUAAAUAAUUUUCUCUUCAGAAGGUUAGAAUUGGGUAGGUGUGUUGUCGGAUAUAGGCAUGAUAAAUUUGAGAAAUUGAUUCUUGUUAAUUAUGGUGUAAAGAUUUGUAUCCUGGCCUGCUUAUUCAGGUGAGAGAUGCUCUGUGUAAAUUUGAGGUAUAGCUUGAAGUCCUAGGACAAGAGGACUUCUGGAAGUCCUCUAGGACAAGUUCUUUUUAGCUCAUUCACAAUCAGUUGUGUGUUAAGUGUUAAUAUCUGUCAUGAAUCUGCCAAUUUGUAUGUGUUAAACAGCUGACAGAUCAUACAAAAAAACUAAGAUACAAUGGAUUGUACUGGAUGAGUUUGAAAUUAGUGUUAAAGAAGUGUGGUGCCCGACUUCAGCAGCACCUUAUUCUUACUGUGCAGCCAGUGUCUGGAGCACCAAAGCAUUCCCUGUGACUGACUGCCCUUUGGGGCAGUGUUGAUAGGAGUGAGGCGUUUUGGAAACUCCAAAGGGAAGCCUGUAUUAGAGGCCAGAGCUGGUACCUGCCUUAGAAACUAUUAUAGCUUUGUUGGUUACAUUUUGGAUCUUUGUAAUAAUUGUUGUUCUGUAUAACAGAGUGCCUCUCUGUUAAUUUUGGCCUAUGUUGUUAGAAAUAAGAUUAGAUUAUACCUUCCAUGCCUAGAAUAAGUUUCUGUCCAUUUCUGCAUUAAAAAAUUUUGGAGUGUUACAAGCUCUAAAGUGCUACAGAGAAAAAUUGCUUAGAGAGGAGGAAGGUGGAAGUAUAUUUAUGUUGGUGUGUAAGCAUGCAUGGAAGCCUUGCAGCACCAGGACUUGGCCAUGUUUUUAGAGCAUCCUCUAUCCAUUCUCUACCUGUCAUGUUUCAAGAGUUCCAGCUGGCCUGCUGUGAGGCCAACAGCUACUUUGGAGUGCUGGUUGCAGGAUUAAGCCAAUUCUUAUGCAACUGACUCAGUCCUUAAUGGCCAUUUCUUCUAAAAUAAAAUUUUUUUGUGUGUGGGGGAGGGUGUGGGUGUUGGGAUGGGGGUGAAUUUGAAGUUUAAACUUUAAAAUAGAAAUAAGAUGAUGUGGUCUGCUUGCUCUCUGUUUAGACAGCCUUUAAGACCAAUUGGAUUUACAUGGAGGCCAGGCCAGAGAGUGUGUGAUAAUUGAUGACUUGUCUGCAGACAAGCAUUUAUCCAGGUUGUAUUAUCCAAAUUGGUUUGUUAAAGCUCCAGGUCACGUUCUUUGACUAAGAAAAACAUUCAGUAAACAUGAGACAAGUUUAGGAAAAAUUAAUAAAAGAAACCUGUCUUACACUCAA